CGAUGUAAACAAAGGAGGGGGUAGUUCAACGGCAGCGACCCAGCCGAGGGUGACUUUUACUGGAUGUUCUUGUCUCGACAAACGCGUCUGGACCAGAGGCUGACUGUGGGGGUAAAGCCACUCUGAAGCGAAUGAAGAAGCAUCUAAUCUUCCACUUCACAUACCGAGGACUUCUAACGAAAGGAAAAAAGAGUAAAAGAAGAAAAUGGAGUAUAAAUUACGAAAAGCUGAACCAAGGGACGUGUCUGAUAUCUUACGACUGGUGAAGGAACUUGCUAAAUACGAGGAGAUGGAGCACCAGGUGACACUGACGGAAAAGGAACUCCUUGAGGAUGGAUUCGGUGACACCCCGUUCUACCACUGCAUCAUCGCUGAAAUCCAAGGAGAGACCAGCAGUGACGAUCCGAAGGUGGUGGGUUUUGCCAUGUACUACUUCACCUAUGACCCCUGGGUUGGCAAACAGCUGUACCUGGAGGAGUUCUACGUGAUGGACGAGUACAGAGGGCUGGGCAUCGGCUCGGAGAUCCUGCGGCACCUCAGUGAUCUGGCGAUGAAGACGCGCUGCACCGGCAUGAUGUUCGUGGUGGCGGAGAACAACGAGCCGUCCGUCCAGUUCUACAAGCGCCGCGGCGCCGAGGACCUCUCUCAGGAGGAGGGCUGGAGGCUGUUCAGGUUCGACAAGGACAGCCUGGUCAAGAUGGCCACUCCGCCUGAGGAAUGACAGAGGUCCAGCAGAGCGGCAGAGGAGGGAGACGAAGAGGAGGAGGAGGAGGCACCAGAGUCCAGCUCCUCAGCUCCUCUCUCCAUUCAGACGAGGGUUGAUUCAUAGAGGUUCAGCUUUUAAAAAGGGGAAAUCUGUAUCACAGUAAAAUGAUUCUGUCUGUCGCUUAAUCACUUAUGUUUAAUCUAACGUUUCAUUAACUGUUCUUUAUGUGCAGGAUUAUUAUCGCUUAAGUUUGCAAUAAAACAAAACUGAUCACA